GAUAAGUUACCAUUAAAUACAUCCUGGGCUUUGGGCGUUUUAAAGAAGAGUAAAGGAGAUGACUUUUUAACUUGUGCCCUGUGCUACUGGAGUGCUGAUUCCUUUUAUUUGGGAAGCAGUGUGCUUAUAUGGGUAACAAAUAAUUUUUAUUAAUAUUAGGAGUAUUUGACAGCUUAAAGCUUUAGGGAAAGGACCAACAAUACCAGUGAAGGUAAAAGGAGAAGCUGCAAUCCAGUCCCUGUCUUUAAAAGGUUAGUGAAUCGCCUCUCUGCAUCUGCUCCUGAGCAGUCAGUGAGAUUAACAGUUGUAUGCAAGAUCUGACAAUGUUGUUACAACAAGCAUUAAAAUGUAACCUGUUUGUAGCUAGUUUGCCCAAGGCCUGUUUCAUGGGGACAGUGACACUUAUUAAUUUUCAAUGUUAUAACAAAUAUGACUGUUCCCACCAGUGUGAAUAGCAAAUACCACUUCAGCUUCCUCCUGUUUGAUUCCUAAGGGAAAUUGUAACUUUAAGCUUUUGUUCAUUUCCAUAUAAAUAUUCUCUGGGAGGGAUUUUGACUUUUUUGGGAGGAGAUUUUUUUGGGUGCCAGUCCUCAUAAAGUAACUUAAUUUUGAAUCCAACUGAAGGGUGUUAAAUCCAAGAAUAUAUAAAUUGAAGCUGAGGAAAAUUUCUGGCUUCUACCCUAUCCAGUAGAGCACAAUACAACUGUAGACUCCCCCUCUGCCUGAAGAAGAGUGUUUGUACCUGAAACCUUGCAAAGAACUAUUUUUUCACUACUUAGUGGGUCUAAUAAAUAUCAGAUUUACCCAAAGAACCUUGUCUGCCUAUGUCCUUAGACCAACAUGGCUACAACCAACACCCUCAAAUCAAAGAGGAAGUUGGAGAGCAUGGACUCAGUUUCUAGAACACGAUUUAGUCUUUCUUUCUUGCUCUUUUCCUUAUUCACAACACUGCAGUAUGGGAGUUUGUUGCUGCUUUUCCAGGGGGCAAAUGGAAUGACCUAGUUGAUAAAAUAAGCACAAACAAUUCUAAAUGUUGUUGUAAAGAAAUCAAUUGUUGAGAGAAUCUACAAAAGUUUCCUCUGAAAAGGGUAAUAUUGUGCCAUGGCUCAAUAUGCUGCACAUUAAGAUAAAAUGAUCUGCAUAAUCUACACCUUUUUAUUUAAUACCCUGUUGGAUAUUCUUGAACAAAAUCUUCCUUAUUUUGAACUCUUUGUUGGUUGGGGCAACCUUCUUGAUGUUUUUUAUCCUGUGAGUCUAGAAUAUGGUACAGAAGGUGCGCACACAGUUGCUACUGUUCUUUCAAGAGCAGUUAAAAAUACAUAUUUAAUAUCAGUAGAAAAGUAUGAGGCACUGCUGUAAAUCAGCGCAACAUUUCAAUUCACAGUAGUUUUUAGUAAUUGUGUGACUUCCCAAUUUUAGUGUUUGACCUGGAAAAAGGAAAAGGUUUUUUUUUGGGGGGGGGGGAGUUGUGUGGUUUUUUGUUUGUCUUUUAAUCCAUCUGUCUAAUGCAGGGGGAUGGCUUGAGGACUUCACUGUAGCACUGUCAUAAACUGUCUGAAGUUUGAUAUCCAGGUUAAAUGCACAGGAAUGGUGUAACCAAUCCCAGUGAGUGUUGAUAACUAACUAAAUGAACACCAAAAGGAAAGAAGUAAUAGUAGAAAUCGACUGUUGAGGUGAUGCAGUGUAAUGGGCAACUGUAUCAGGUGGCUUAAUCUUGUAGCCCAAAGAGGAACUUUUUUCUUUUCCUGUAGUCUGCACAUGUAGACGCUGGGGCUCCUUAGAGGCCAGCAGUACUGUACCCUUUUAUCCAUGACUAACUGAAUAUAAUGACCCCCAAAUACCCCUGAACAUCUCUUGCUGUUGCUUGUCUUUUUGUGGGCUUGCAAAUACAAAAUUGUUGCUGCAUUCUCACUGCUAGUUCAUUCUGAACCUUUCUUAAAGCAGUUGCAAAUACUCCUGGACAACUUAUGAUUGGUAUGUCCUAUUUCAUUGUUACUGGCAAAACUAUCUUCCUUUUUUGUGAGAAAGUGGGCAGGACUGGAAAAGCAGCUACUAGCAUAAGCAAAUACUUCCGUAUUCAGCUGUGAUCGCCAUGGAUGUAUUUAAUGGAUAUUUACAGCAUUCCUAAACCUAAGUAUGUAUGUGUUUGAACAUGCACUGAGUUAGGCAUUCUAUAAGGUUACUACCCAGAGCUGCCUAGUGAGCUGUGCAUGUUAAUGUAAUUUCACUUCUAAAUGUAUGAAUUACUUGUCUUGUUCAUAUCAAUACAGCCUCAGUCCAUGGUGCAUCCACGUGGGGGAACACCAACGUUCCCAGAUUCACAGAUAUUUUUCCCUACCGUUCAUGAACGGCCAGUGUCUUUCUCGCCACCACCUGUUUGCCCGCCAAAGGUGGCAGUUGCUCAGCGGCGCAAGAGCACUUCUUUUCUGGAAGCCCAAACCUGCCAUUUCCAGCCCUUGCUGAAGACUGGCCAAAAUUUAGCUCCCCCAGGUGGUAGUCCAACAAAUUGGACCUCAGAGGCAGUGGUUAUGCUGGGCACACCUCAUAGGGUCACUGGAGAGCCACUGCAUGUACAAGUCAAUCCAGUGUUUGAGCCUGCUCCAGUGUAUAGUGACUGCAGAUCUGGUCCAGCACCUCCUGAGGAUGCUCACUAUAGAAUGCAUCCAGAAGCAGUGUAUUUAGUGGGUAUGCACUAUCCACCGCAGUUGCAGGAGCACUAUGAUACAAUGGCAUAUAAUUCCCAGGGGACUGAACAGCAUUUGAAACAGGUGCCUGAACAGAAGCAUGUGCAAGGUGGCCUUCCCCAGAGCUCUGCUUUUGACUACCAAUCUGGGCAGACAUUCCUGGCAAGACCCUUUCAGACGCUAAGACUGGAUUCUGGGAUGGGCCCUCUUUCACCAUUAUUGAGUGCUUCAGCUCCAUUAAGUGCAGAUUCCACACAGAUGAAGUUCCACCAGGUAUUUGUUCCACAUUCUGCUCCUGCUGUGCUAACCCACAGUGGUGAUGGGAGAGCAAGCUGUGUCUUCGAGUUCCAUGUGCACACGCCAAGUUCUGCUCCAGGAGAAGGGGGCGUCUUACCCCAGCGUGUCUACAGAAGCCGUUGUGGCUCCACGGAUUUUAAUCAGGAGGAGUCCACUCAAAGCAUAGGGCUGCAUGGUCGUCUUCAGCCUGUGACAGAGGAGCAGUGUAACUACCUUGGUCCUGAGCUAACAGUGCCUAGAGGAGGAUCUUUCAGAUGGAGCUGGCCAGAAGGAAGCCCAGAAUACUCAAGUGACUCAUCACAGCUGACUUCAUCGGAUAUUGGCGAUUUCCAGUCUCCUCCUCCUCCUGCAGGGCAGUCUUCUACAGCUUUUGCUUCAGACUUCUCAUUCCCCAUUGUUCAGCUGCCUCAGAAGGUAUUGCAAGAGUCGCAGCUCUUCAUCUGCUUCCCACAGGGAGCCUCAGCUCAGCAAGCCUUGUCCACCUUGCUUUCAUCAGGACCAUCUGCACUCUAUCCUCAGGUUAUAGGAGCAAGCCCUUCCAGAAUUUCUCUGCUUUUUUUUUUAAGUCAUCCUUUACACUAAGGAGAAGGGUUCUUUUUCCUUUCCCUUGCAUUUUCCUCAUCCUUGUUGUCCCGUCCCGUCCCGUCCCGUUCCCCCCCCCCCAACACUCAAUCCAAGUUGUUCUAGAUCUUGGAGCUGAAAGAGAGAUGUGUUUCAAUAAUAGAAAUUAAAAGGAUUUUGGUAUCAUACCGGGUCCCAUCUAAGUAAUGGUGGAGCAUCAACAGUUUCCCAAACUAUUGUCUGGGCAAAAAACAUCUUCGUAGGAGAGGGCCUUCUGACAAAGGUAACAAAUAAUCAGUGCUGUUUAGGCUGGUCAGCUUGGGUUCAAGUUGUUUGAAGUACAGGUUUGACCUUCAAACCUGGAAAGUUGGUUGAGUUGCUAUAAAAAGGCCUGACUCAUUGGCAGGGGUCUGCUUAAUUUACAGUUAUUGCAGAAACCGUGAAAACAGCAUUGCCUGUGAUGGCCUGGAAAUAUUGCAUUGCCCGUGAUUUCCUGUGAAAUCAACUUAUUUUAAAAAAAACCAAACAAACCCAAACCCCAACGUAUUAUUCAUAUAAUGCACUGGGACAUUCUAGAAGAGUGUUUACUGCAAUGUAAAGACAGUGUGAGCAUAGAUUGUGAUCGAGGGUUACUGUCUGCUAGUGAUUUAAACUAAGUGAAGGUGCCAGUCAGUGAAGUGAAAAUGUUUCAGUGCCAUCUUUUAAGAUGUUAAAUGCAAUGCCACUCUGCCAAUUGGAGGCUGGGGUGGGGCUGCCAGGAAAUGCCUGCAAAAUCUGUUCUUGUGCCACAACCAAGCUGCAAUAAUUGUUUUGUCUUCCCGUGAGUUAACUAGUCCCCUAGUCACUGGUAGGAGGAAAUGCUUGACUGGAGGAUCUUGCUUACUUUGGUCACACAGUAAGAAUAUCCUUCUUUGAAUUUUAUACCAUAGCAAAAUACAUUGUACACCAUGUAGAAUAAAAAAAACCUGAAAUGCCAGCUGACUUCUUCAGUGUUCAAAACCAAAAAAAAAUCCUUUUUAGGUUUAAGGGAUUUUGAGGGGUGGAAAAUGUAUUUAUACACAUCUAGAAAUGUAUGUGUUGAUGGAGAACUAUAUGUAAUAGUAAUAUUACUAUUAAAUAUUAAUAUUUAAUUUAACAAAACUAGCCCUUAAACAAAAGCCAGCAGCUUUUGUGAUAUUUGAGUUAAAUAAUUCAUAAGGUAGCACUUGCACAGCUGCAGGAUAUGGGGCUAUUGAAAAAUGACCUCAUCCUUAGAUGUACGUGUUUAAUCAGCAUGUACAGGACUUCCCUUUUUGAGUGCCUCUGUAGUAUCCCACACUACUGUGUGUACCAUCAGUGGUAUAUUUUAACUGUGAGGUAUUUACGUGAUGUACAUAAUUUAAGUCUCACAGCUUUGUAUACUUAAAAAAACAAAAAAGCAAAAAACCCCCAAAACAGGCCUCUCUAAACAGAAUUUCUAUAAUGGAAGAGGAACUUCCUGGAAGUAGGCAUCUUAUCCCUUGCUCCCUUCCCUUACCUCUUUGUUGCAGGAAUGAAAUAAAGGCUCUCUCCAACCAUGCCAGUUGUACAGGGUCCUAAAAAAAGCCUUUUGGAAUGGGAGAUGAUACCUUGGGAAGGAAAAUAGCUUUGCUUUCCUACUAAACUAAAUAAAGUAAAAUCCAUAAGUAUUUCUUUCAAGUCAGAACAUGAGAUGGUAUAGUUUUGACUUUCUUCUUUCCUUCCUUCAGUCUGAGGAGAGAAUGUGUUGCAUGCAGCUUUUACUCAUCAAUCUUAAUGGUGGUUUCUGCUGUCCAAGAGAACUUGCCGAAUGACCAUUCAGCACAAGUCCAGUGAAGUGUUUUGAAACCACGUGGUAUUGUAAUACUCAGCUGGCCUUUCAUUAUAAUGAACUUCAGUAGGUAGUUUCUGUUAUACAUGAAAUAGCUGAGUACACAUGAGGUGAUGAAACACAUUGCCUAUUAGAGCUCUUGAUUGAUACAUUAAAGUAGUGCAGGUUUUAUAGGUCUACGCUUUAACCCAAUGUGGAUAGAUGGUUAAGCAGCUGGACCUAAAACGUACCAUUUAAAAUCAUAGAUAAGAGAGCUUCAGGCCCAACUUAAUAUUUAGGGAAUUUUCUUUGGGGUGGCACUGUGCUUUCCAAAGGGUUCCCUGCCCCCAGUUGCAUAAUAGGAAUGUUUGUAAAAAGUGUUCAGAGAAGAAACACUGCAUUGCAAGCUUCUAUAGCUUGUAUCCAAUCAGAGGACAUCUAUUUGUUAUUAAAUUGAAAUUGUAGGGGAAGAUUUGCCUUCCCAUUUCAAUACUUUUAGAUGCAUUUAUAAAUAUAUCAGAUAUUCUUUGUAGUCGGGCUUCCCACUGAAGUGACAGAAAUAUAGGGAAAGCUGCUAGAAGAUCUUUCUCCUGUCCCCUCCCCCUCUCCUCUAGCUCUGUCCCAGUAUCUGAUAAAGAAAUGUAAUAUUGGAAUAAAAAAAAAGAAUGAAUCUGCAGAAGUGUUGAUUGCCAUAACAUUUCCUCAAUCUCUUUCACAUUCAUUUGUAGUGUCAUUCAUCCAUUCUUUUCUUUGCUUAUUCAUUCAAAAUUGUCUGUUUUUAGCUUGGACUCUGUGGACUGGGGCUUUCUGUCUCUCUCCAAUAGCUGAUCCUUUUGAUGGUUUCUGAGCUCUCCUGAGAGCCUAGAAAUGAUCUAGCUUGUAUUUUUGGCAUGCCUAUCAGUGAGCCCAUAACAUGCACGUGCACACAGAGUAGAAUUUAAUAAUGAUCUGGAAUUCUGUAUAUCUUUGGAUGGUGCUCAAAGAUAUAGAUUUAUUUCCUUUUCCUUGCCUUCUCUCUGCCCCUUGCCACCUGUGUGUGUGCCCCCAUUUGGGGAAGGAGGGCAUGUGAAAAAUAAAGUUUGUGUUUUGUUUCCUGGUCUUGAUCCUGAUCCAGAUCCUAAAGAGACGCUUCUGAAGAAUGAAGUUGGUAGGCUGAUUUACCUAAUGGGCAAGAUUUGGGUUGUAAAGGCAUUCUGGGGUGUUUUUGUUCUGAAAUACUUGACAAAUGGAACUCGCUACUUCCCAUAGUGCUUUGUUCUGGAUUAGAAGUUGCUAUAAUAGAAUCAAAUUAUAGAAUACAGUCAUGAAAACUGUGUAGGAACCUGUUCCAGUUAGGCCAUCUUGGCUAAAAAGGAAUUUUGGUUGCUUGUUGCAGAAGUUACAAAUUGCAGAGUCUGAUUCUACUUUCCGUUUGAUUC